AUGGGAAGCCAAGUUGGAAAAAGCUUCCACGAAAAAGAGACUCAUGAGAGGCCAAAUCAUGACAAUAUCGAUCAAGUAUGGAGUACGUUGGUGGACGAAUCUAUCCCUCUGAACAGGACAUCUCGAGAAGGCACCCCACGACCGAAGAGUGAAUACAAGCCGGAAGAAGAGAUAAACCAAGAGAAGAAGAGUAUGGAAGACGAUCUAAGUGGUGGACACGAAAGCAUCAUGAUUCCAGUAGAAUCCACCAAACUGUCACCCAUACCAGAACUCGGCACACCUGGAAGCUCCAUAUGUCCAGAAGCUCCGGCAGUAGCUAGUUCCCCAGACUCCAACAAAAAUAUUCCUAUUACAGAGGAUAGCUCCGACGAGAAAUAUCCCCGCGACACCCCUCCACCUCCUUGUCCAUCGAAAAAUAUUCAAAGCCAUUCUUCUUCAUCCCUAGUUUGUUCAGUCAUAGCUGCUGCAUCUCCGGACCUAAACCCUCCAUCGCCCUUUACCCUACACUCUGAGCCACUUAUACUUCAACACCAAAACAUGGACAACAAGGACACGACCAUCCCCAGAAGGAAGAGGAAAAGUCCAUCCGUGGGCCUUUCGAAUCAGAAACCCAAAAAACCGAAGAUCAUGGCCGAGCCAAAGAAGGCUCCGGCGUGCAAGUCGUGCUACCACAAGCAUAUUGGCUGCGAUAGACAAGACGAAAACGAACCUUGUCGAGCCUGCGAGAAAAGAAAGCAGCCCUGCGAACGAAAUGACGUUCGAGUAGUUAAAGGGGAGAAAACGGUGGUGAAGAAAGAUCCCGUACCUAGCGAAUCCUCCCAUGUAGUCCGAGAAACUUCCCAAGAGGGUGGCUUUGCCGCCUCCUCUAGCAUCAGAGCGGUAUCUGUCACGGGAGCAGAUGGGGAUGAAGAUCAGAGCGAAUGUGGACGAGGAGCCGAGGAAGAAGAAGAAGAAGAAGAAGCCACUUCUAAGAGCGUGCUUAGUCAGAGCCGAGAAGGGGAUAGGGGCCACCGGGUGGAGGCUCAUGUUGGUGGAGCCGGAAUUGAAGGGGAGGAGGCCGGUGGAAAUGGAUACGCGGUGAUGACAGAUGCAGAGAAGGAGGCGGUCAAGAUAUUGAUGGGGAUGAAGAGCGUUCCGGUGAAGCAAUUAAACGAGCAGACGUCUGAUUGCUAUUUUGAAGCAAUCAGGGGCAUUUUGAUAGAGGAGGUGGAAGAUGAAAGGAAAAGAAGAGUGGGAUUGAAGAUGCUUGAGAAAUUAAAGUGGCAGAUGACAUGGCUCAGUGGUUGUGACUAG